AUGAACUCCCUUCGCGUCGCCAGAACAGUCCUCAGGGCCCGUCCGGCCGCCAUCCGGGCCCCUCUGCAGAGGAGAGGGUACGCCGAGGCCGUUGCCGACAAGAUUAAGCUGAGCUUGUCGCUUCCUCACCAGUCUAUCUACAAAUCCCAGGAUGUUGUGCAGGUCAACAUCCCCGCCGAGUCGGGUGAGAUGGGUGUCCUCGCGAACCACGUUCCCUCAAUUGAGCAGCUGAAGCCUGGUCUGGUUGAGAUUGUUGAGGAGAGCGGCAGCAAGCAGUUCUUCCUUGCCGGAGGAUUCGCCGUCGUCCAGCCCAACUCCAGCAUGAGCAUCAACGCCACUGAGGGCUUCCCUCUUGAGGACUUCAGCGCCGAGGCCGUCAAGGCACAGAUCGCCGAGGCCACCAAGGUUGCGAACGGUAACGGAAGCGAGCAGGACAUUGCUGAGGCUAAGAUUGAGCUGGAGGUUCUGGAGAGUCUUCAGGCUGUGCUCAAAUAG